UCCGAUUUGUAUGGGUAAUCGUGCACGAGGAUCCGAGCCAAGAACGUCGUCGUCCGUCGUCUCCCGCGUAUCUUCUUUGUCGUCGGUUUGCCACCGCACCAUAGUCGCCGCCUUUGCCCUGCUGCAUCGGUUCCGAAAAAUGUAAACGUCAAUGGUUCACGCGAUUGUGCGAAAAGUGAUUCUCGCGAUGUGUUCUCUAUCCCUGGGAAUUUCCUUUCGGUUUUGACCAGAAAGACGCGUCGCCGUGACUAGUGUCUGUUUACUUGGUGCGUGGCCAAGUGAAGAGUGAAGCAGUAAAUUUGUCGACGUAAUAGCGUAGUUUGUCUGCCUCCCCGGGAGGACAAGUGCCCGUUUUGCCCGAUUCCCAGCGAAGGGACUGAGUUCCCUCGAGACGCGGGAUUCGAGGAGUGCGCUAGAGUGUGAAGAAUCGGUGAGCGGAGCCUUUCAAAUCCUUCGCUGAGUGUCAUUGUCUUCGCGAGAGUUGCAAGGUCGACGACGCCUGGCCUGCUGUGAUUCAUCAUGGCCGUGGACAAGACCGCCACUCGACAGAUGAUGACGAUCACAUUCCUGUGCAUCCUGUGGUAUGUGGUGUCCAGCAGCAACAACGUCAUCGGCAAGAUGAUCCUCAGCGAGUUCCCGUACCCGAUGACAGUGACCAUGGUCCAGCUGACCAGCAUCACCGUCUACAGUGGGCCGUUCUUCAACCUGUGGGGCGUCCGCAAGUACGUGGACAUCUCGUGGCGAUAUUACUUCAAGCUCAUCGUGCCGCUGGCACUGGGCAAGUUCCUGGCCUCGGUCGCCUCGCAUAUCUCCAUCUGGAAGGUUCCAGUAUCCUACGCACACACGGUGAAAGCUACCAUGCCGCUGUUCACGGUGAUCCUAUCGCGGGUGAUCCUCCGGGAACGGCAAACCAAGGCCGUCUACCUGAGCUUGGUGCCGAUCAUCGUCGGCGUUGGAAUUGCGACCCUGACGGAGCUGUCCUUCGAUAUGAUCGGUCUCAUUACCGCCCUGCUGUCCACCAUGGGCUUCUCGCUGCAGAAUAUCUUCUCCAAAAAGGUCCUGAAGGAGACGAACGUCCACCAUCUGCGGUUGUUGCACAUCCUGGGCCGACUGGCGCUGUUCAUGUUCCUGCCGGUGUGGAUCUACUUCGAUCUGUUCAGCGUGAUGAAGCAUCCGGCUAUUACAACCGGUGAUUACCGAGUAAUCGCACUGCUGUUCACCGACGGCGUCCUCAACUGGCUGCAGAACAUACUGGCGUUCAGUGUGCUGUCGAUCGUGACGCCGCUGACGUACGCGGUGGCCAGCGCCAGCAAGCGAAUCUUCGUGAUAGCCAUAUCCCUGUUCAUUCUGGGCAACCCAGUGACGUGGGUCAACAUCUUCGGCAUGCUGGUCGCCAUCAUGGGUGUUCUGUGCUACAAUAGGGCGAAGUACUUCUCGCGGCAUCAGCAGACCAAGGAGAGCAUUCUGCCGUACACCAACGCCAACAACAACAUCAAAUACAAACCGUUGGAGGACACCACUCUGCUCAAUGGGUCCGCCCAUGGCAAAAACGGGUUCGUGUCCAAUGGAAUGGCGAACGGAGGAACGGCGGGUUACUUCCAGAAUGGGGGCGGCGCAGCUGCGAGCAAUAGCAGUACCAGUAACAGUAGUAGCAAUCUUCUGCUGAGCAAUAGCAACGGAGUGCAUCUGACGACGGUGAACGGAACGCCGAACAAGUUGCUCUUUGUGUAACCAAGUCGUAGUCGUCCGAGUUUAGGUAGACUGUUUAGUUUUUUUUUUGUUCGAUUUUGACUAUUUAUCCUGUACAGUUGACAGUUACUAGUGCUCUUAGAAACAAUAGUUGAAUAAUUGACGAGAAAGGAUCGGUAUCGCAUGGCGACCGCUCUAGCGGGCAGAUAGAUACGCUAUAUCAUAGAGAUCGUUGUGGAAGUGAUGACGAAGUUAAUUUAUUUGUUUCGCUCGUAUUAUGUUUAAGCUUAGGGUCCUCGUUGAGAAUGUAUUUUUUGUGCAAUCGUUAAUGUAUUGAAUCGGACCGAAUGAAGAACCGUGACACGCAACGCAUAGUAUUUCUGGGAGACGCGCAGUGUUAAAAAAAAGAAGAAUGAUAUUUGAAAACGACGACGUACUACAUGGAAGUUCGAAGACGGAUAACACUGAUUGUGACAAGGGAACGCAUAUUUUGACAAGAUUGCAAGAAAAAAUAUUAAACAAAUAAAGGCUAUUUUAUAUAUGAUGAUUAUCAACGAA